AGGUUUGUGUGACCUUCUUCAGUGUCUUGGCUCUACAAACAUUCAGCUGUGUUCAUUCUCCUGCGCUCAGUUUGUAUGCAUGUGUCUGUGAAUAUAUAUGUGUGUGAGUGUGUAUUGAACUUCAUGUGUUGAGCUGGAUUAGCCUCUUCUGCAUUGUGCAUCUAGUGCUGAGAAUACUCAACUGGGCUGCUGUGAAGCAUUGGCUCUUGAGGGACAAUGAUGUGGGUCAGGAGAGUCUCUCUCUUGCUCCUUCUGCUGGCUGUGAGAUGCGUAGCACUGGAAGAACCCAAGAAGAAUGAAUGUGUUGGUGGACAUCCAGGAAUACCAGGAGACCCAGGCCACAAUGGAAUGCCAGGCCGAGAUGGACGAGAUGGGUUCAGAGGUGACAAGGGUGAUCGAGGUGAAAUCGGCAUCACUGGACCAACUGGACAGAGUGGCCCCAAAGGAGACAAAGGGGAGCUGGGUACAGCUGGUCUGGCAGGAAUUAAGGGCAGACGGGGUGAGAAUGGAGAGAAGGGGCCACCGGGGAAGAUGGGGCCCCAAGGAGUCUCAGGGCCCAUAGGCCUAAAGGGCCAGAAGGGGGAGCUCGGGUUACCAGGAAUCCAGGGACCGAAAGGGGAUUUGGGGCCUCUGGGACCUGAAGGGCAGAAGGGGGAGAUCGGGCUCCAGGGGGACCGAGGCAUCCAGGGGCCCUUGGGAACUCCAGGCCGACCAGGACCGAAGGGAAACCUCGGCCCCCCAGGGUUCAAAGGCAACAUUGGUUACCGCGGAGAGCGAGGGAAUCUGGGCGAGACAGGGGAGAAGGGAGAGAAGGGGGACACAUUCUUCAUCCCAAAAAGCGCAUUCUCAGUGGGUCUAACCGAAUACACCAAACUCCCACCGGCUAACGCACCGAUCAGGUUUGACAAGGUGAUUUACAACCGGCAGGACCAUUAUGACCCACAGACCGGACGGUUCACCUGCGUGGUGGCUGGGGCCUACUACUUUACCUACCACAUCACUGUGUUCUCCCGUAAUGUAAAAGUAGCAUUAGUGAGAAACGGGGUGAAGGUGAUCCACACCAUGGAUAACUACCAGAGCAGUGAGGACCAGGCGGCAGGUGGGACUGUGUUGCACCUGGAGAAAGGGGACAAGGUGUGGCUGCAGGUGGCUGGAGGAGAGCUCUUCAACGGGCUGUUUGCUGAUGAAGAUGAUGAUACAACCUUCUCUGGGUUCCUUCUCUUUGGUGCAGAAUAGGGGUUAGGUCCACAUGGCUCAGUGAAGUAACACAGGAAAGUUACAAUACCGCCUGUUACAUAUGAGGUUAAGAUGACUUUAAUAUGAGGUUAAUAUGACUUUAAUAUGAGGUUAAGAUGACUUUAAUAUGAGGUUAAUAUGACUUUAAUAUGAAGAUGACUUUGAUAUGUCGUUGACAUGACGUUAAUAGCCAAUCGUAUACAGUCAUUUUAGGCAAUGACAAAAGCAUUGUUUAUAAGGUUUGUUAUCAAAUAUGAACAUAAACGAAACAACAAUUUGUGUGUAAUAUUUUGAUGCUGCAACUGAUUUUGCCUAUCAUUUAAGAUCAUCUCUCUGAUAACUCGGCAAACUAUGACAGAUUUCCUGUGACAUGUGUUCUUGUAUCUUGUUUGAUUUCAAUAAAAUUUCAUACACUGUAAA